UCCUGGGGGCUGGGGUGGGCCAGGGCAUCUUUGGGUGGUGGAGUGCAGAGGACUCAAUCCAUAGGAGGGGAGUCCGAGUGACCAGCAAACAUGCAGACGGACCAGCAGGCUGAGGCCCGGUCCUACCUCAGCGAGGAAAUGAUUGCUGAGUUCAAGGCUGCCUUUGAUAUGUUUGACGCUGAUGGUGGUGGGGACAUCAGCGUCAAAGAGUUGGGUACCGUGAUGAGAAUGCUGGGCCAGACACCCACCAAAGAGGAGCUGGAUGCCAUCAUCGAGGAGGUGGAUGAGGAUGGCAGCGGCACCAUCGACUUUGAGGAGUUCUUGGUCAUGAUGGUGCGCCAGAUGAAAGAGGACGCCAAGGGGAAGAGCGAGGAGGAGCUGGCUGAGUGUUUCCGCGUUUUCGACAGGAACGCAGACGGCUACAUCGAUGCUGAGGAGCUGGCUGAGAUUUUCAGGGCUUCUGGGGAGCACGUGACAGACGAGGAGAUCGAAUCCCUGAUGAAAGACGGGGACAAGAACAACGACGGCCGCAUUGACUUUGACGAGUUCCUGAAGAUGAUGGAGGGCGUGCAGUAAGGAGCCGGUGGCCCCUCCUCGGAGACGGAGACCUCGCGUCCCUCGGGCGUAGCCAGCUCCAUCCAGUCGCUCGGUUUCCCGCCCCACCAGCGAGGCACUGCCCCCGACAGGCUGUGUCUGGAAGGAAUAAAAGCAAACAUUG